GAGGCGGUUGGAGAGCGACAGGACCGCUCCCUUUUCCCGCCCCGGUGCUUCCGGCGAGGGGGGCGGGUUUGAGGGGGUUGUUGCUUAGCGACGGACAGCGCCGGCUCCCAGGAGGGAGAAAAGAGAGGAAGAGAUCCAAGAGGUGGCGGCGACGGCUGUGGCUGCGGCGGAAUGGACAACAGCCUGGCCGUAUUUUCCUUCCGGGGCAACUCUUGCAAAGCCACGCCCCCGAAGAGGCGGAACUAUUACCACCCGUCCCCGGAGCGAGAGCGAGGCUGCGGAGGCGGGGCCCGGACCUCGGUCCUGAGCCCAUCACGACCACCUCAGCUCAGCCUUCCAGCUUCUCCUCCAGCCCCCACAUCCCCAGACUUUGAAGAGUCAUGGCCUUCCACAAGCCUCUCUUCACCCUCUGAUCCCCCAGAAGAACAGACAGGCCAGUUAGGGGACUCUGUGCUUGCCAGGUACAUGGCUCGGUUCCGGCAGGCUCAGCCCACCAGCCGCCAGGAGCGGCAGGCAGCAGGCCCCACAGCUGCUGACUUCUGGUGGUUGCAGCCCCCAGCCCUGGGCUGCCCUGGUCCCUCAGCAGAUAAGGAGGCUGGAGGAGGCGGGCUCAGCCCAGCCAUCCCAACCCAGACCACGCCGCACGGGGCAGGAGCGUGGAGGAUGGAAGACUGUAUGUCAGGAACACACGAGGGCCACAUUUCUUCACUGGAAGCCUCAGACACAUCUGCGUUGGAUCUCGAGACCCUGAGUCUCCAAGACAGGGCAACCCGGCUUCUCCGCCGGAGUGAGAUUUCUUCCAGCAGCAGUAAUGAAGUUGCCUCCAUCCCAGUCAGCUCUGAGGGCCUCCCCUCCUACUCCCCACCCUUCACCUCUGACCCUGGAGCAGGCCCUCACCCCAGGGAACCAGCCCCAUUGACAAGGACCCAAGUCCCUCUGCCAUCUGUGACCUGUCCAGAGGAUGACAUCCUUUCCCAGUGGCGUCUCCGGAGGAAGAUGGAGCUGGCCCAGGAGCAGUGUGCAGAUGGGCCCCAGGCACAGUCCUGGCUCCCCAACAGGGCCCUGAUCACUAUGACCUAUGGUCAGCCUCAGCCGCACCAGAUAUAUGCUCCAGGACCCACUGUUGCCAACCAGCUGAACUCUCUAGUCCCCCUCAACAACCCCCAGCCUAGCCCCUCUGCCCCUCUCAGCAACUCCCAAGCAAGCCUCCCAGCCCAACUGUAUGGACCCCAGCAGGUCCCCCUGGCCCCCCUCUGUGGGUCCCAGCAGGUUCCCGCAGUCCCCCUCUAUGGCCCCCCGGCCCCCGUCUGUGGGUCCCAGCAGGUCCCCCCGGCCCCCCUCUGUGGGCCCCAGCAGAGCCCUGCUGUCCUCUGUCCACAUGAGCUAAGUCCCUCAGUUUCCUUCAAUAUUCCCCAACCAAACCCUCCGGUCCCUCUUAGUCUUCCUCAGCCAUGCCUUCCAAACUCCCCUUCUACUCCCCACCCAAGUCCUGUGGUGCCUCUUUGUACCCCUCAGCCAAGCCCCCCUGCCCCAUGUUGUGCUUCCCAGCUAAGCCCCCAGCCAUCAGUUCCAAAUUCCCUUGCUACAUGUCAGAGCCCUUUCGCUCUUCACUCUGGCUCUCCAGAAACAGGUUGCAAAAGAUUCCAGUCUGGGGCCUUUCUCCCAAGUUCUCGGGGCCUUUCUGAGCCUAAGAGGCAAGACCACAAGCCCAGAAAGGCCCGGAACCCAGACACCAAAAACCGGGCUCCCAGGCCGGGACCCCUGCUGAGGGGGACCCUAGAGCAGGUGGUGGCUGCUCGUCUCUUCCCAAGACCUUCAGAAGACUCCUCCUGCCCCUGUGAGGCCCCCCCUUCUCCUGCUGAGACCCCACCCCCCAGGGAGCUGCUCGCUUUGGCUUCUGGGUUACUGGAAGCUGCAGAAGACUCAGAUGGGACAGACUUUGAAGAAGACGCUCUGCUGCAGGUGCUCCGGGCCCGGCGUUCAGAGCUCCGGACAUGCUUGAGGGAGGUUAACAAGCACCUGUCCAAUCCCAUGGACCCCGAGAACUUGGGGCCCAAUUUCCAGCCAGCCAGAAUGUUGGGCUCCCCCAAGGAGAUCUCCAGUGGACAUAAGAUUGAGGAAUAAAUGUUCAGUAAAUUGUA